AUGGAGAUGGAAGGGUUGGAUUCUAAUUCUAAUUCCAAUUCUAGUUCUACCCAGAACAACAUGGCCAAGGGAAAACGCACCAAAAGGAUGAGGCUUUUGUCCCCAUCUGGUGUCGUCGUUGUUAGCACCGCCACUACCAAUAGCUGCUCCAGUCCUAAUUCUGGUGGCUCCUCCACCACCACUUGUGAGAGUGAAGAGGAAGAUAUGGCAAAUUGUUUGAUUCUCUUGGCCCAAGGAGGGGAUUCUUAUCAUCAUCAGCAGCAUCAUCGUGAUCCUCGUCGGGACAAGCAACAAGUUGAAGAUCAUGGGCUUGGAAAUUGUAACGGUGUCAAGACAGAAAAGGGUAAGAGUGACACUACCACCACCGCAACAACCGCUGUUAACGCCAAAGUUGGUUUCUUUAUUUAUGAGUGCAAAACGUGUAACCGAACUUUCCCUUCGUUUCAAGCACUUGGUGGACACAGGGCGAGUCACAAAAAGCCCAAACUCGUGGCUGAAGACAAAAAACUACCACCCUCUCACUUGCCACACAUGGGUGUCACCAACUACGAUCGGUUUGAGGAGGAUAACGUUAAAACUGGCCCUCCAAUUCCCCUUCAACUGGGUCAUGGCAACAACAGCAACAACAAGGGUAAGAUUCAUGAAUGUUCCAUUUGUGGUUCUGAAUUCACAUCAGGACAAGCAUUGGGUGGACACAUGAGGAGGCAUAGGGCAUCCACAAACACCAACACUGUUGACACAUCAAGUUGCAACACCAUCACCGCCGUCGCGACCACCACCACCACCACCGUUUCGCCGCCGCGAAACAUCCUACAAUUGGAUCUUAACCUCCCGGCCCCGGAGGAUGAUAUCCGGGAGACUAAGUUUCAAUUUCCGGUAACGACUCAGGUGCUGGUCGGUACUCCGGCUUUGGUAGAUUGUCAUUAUUAG